UCUACUGUACCGGUAGCAUCGGGUUGGGGACAACCCCUUCACUGUGGAUGGAGUGGUUGCCGCAACACUCCCACGGCAUGCCAGCGCGUUUAUUAAUGAACUUUCACGAAUGACUUCCGUAACCUCCACCUUAAAAAGAGAAGCCUCUUUGCAGAAUUCAACGGCUUUUGGUGAUCUCUCGACAGCAGCAGAACCAGCGAUCUCGGGGAAGCAGGAUCCAUUGUUGUUGAUCAGGAAAUGGUGACAAUUGGAACCUAAUUCGAACGGUAGCGGUACGGUAGAAACAUGGAAGGCGACGGCGCGACGGCGGAAGGCGGGGGUAGCGACAAGCGAUUGUUCGUGGGAAACAUUGCUUGGGAGGUUACCUCGCAAGAUCUCAAAGAGCUCAUGAUGACGACUGGAUUCGAGGUGACAAAGGCGGAUGUCAUGACGACCUAUGGAGGAAGGUCGAAAGGAUACGGUAUUGUGGAAUUUGCCACGGCCGAAGGAGCCGCAAAAGCCAAGUCGACUCUGAACGACUCGGAUUUGAACGGCAGGCCCAUCUUCAUUCGAGAAGAUCGUGGAGUGAGCACCAAGCCCCGUGAAGGAGGCGGCGGCGGCCGUGGAGGAGGUCGCGGCGGUGGUCGUGGUUGGUCUGGAGGAAGAGGACGCGGUCGUGACGGAGAUCGCGGCGGAGGAGACCCUGCUAUUACCAGUGGAGUCCAGUUGUUCGUGGGCAACAUGUCCUUUGAGACCACGGAGCAGGAGCUUCGCGACCAUUUUGGUCAGUGCGGAACCAUUGAAAAGGCGAACAUUGUGACGAAUGCCAACGGCCGCUCUAGGGGCUUUGGUAUUGUUCGUUUCGCGGAGGAGAGCCAGGCUGCGGACGCCAUUAGCAAACUCAACGAGGGCGAAUUGAAGGGACGAAACUUGCAGGUCCGUUAUGACAGCAGGGCGCCUCGUUAGGCAUUCCCCAUAUCUGUAUGGUUUAUGUAUUUUAUGUAGUUGUUGUAACCACUGUGAAAGAAGAAGAGUAAUGAUGCUGUACCCAUUAAGCAUGUACUUAAUCUAUACUUACUAGUAGCACCAUGAUAAUAUCAAAUAAUCUACGCCAUACCCAUCUUCCUUUCUGAUUUUCAUAAACAAAAUAUGCAUGUUGCUUUAAAAGGAUUGAAUAUUAUGAGACUUGCUUCAAGCCUUGGCGCAUUCCGCACCGCACAUUAGCAAAUCCACACCAUUCUUCGAACAUACAUGUGCGUAGCUGUUGCUAGAUAGUUUUCAUUUUCUGUUGGUGCUCUGGCGUAGAACAUGGGUUGUGUUGCACCGAACUAAUAAUAAAUGGAUUAAAAAGAUAGCUCUUGCAGUUGCAAAUGAUGUUACAUGAUUGAUCUCGGUUCGAGACGUUUUGGACCAGCGCCAUGAUGUCGGGGCAAUCAUGCCAAAAUUUGCUUUUCCGUUCGGGAUGCCAUGCCCAGUGUACUAUUGCAGUUGGAAGUUGUCCACUAAAAUGACAAUUGCACCGCUAUUCCAAGCCGGGCAUACGAAGGUGGUCGAGAGGAUGAACGAAAGCUUUUUGGUUGGUGACCCUACCCUGCAAAGGACGUUCCGAGAAUUAGCAAUUUGAAUCUAUAGUAGUUACGUAGCUAGCUUAUUACGUUCCGUAC